AUGGCUGAUAAUUUGUCCGAAAAACUGGCCGAAGUUGCCAUUGUGGCCGAAACUCGUCUGGAUGACCCAAUAUAUCAAAACAUUGAAAUUCGAGAUCCAGUAGAAGAUGACGAUGAUGACGUGACUCCAACAAAUUCGGUACCCUAUCAAAACUGCCAUAUCAAUUUUCUCAAGUGCCAAUUAUUGCCUUAUCUAUUGAUUUUCGCUGUCACAAUUUUUAAAGUCGCGAUUCCAAGAUCCCCAAAAACUGAACUUUUGAUUUUCGAAUUUUCAGAUCCUAGACUUCAGAUUCUGAAGUCUUCUGACGACGUCAGAGCUAAAACUUGUGACAUUUUUCGUAUUCUUCAAUUUUUUGUUAUUAGAAGAAGAUUCAGGCAGAAGGACAGUUACGAAAUGGAUUCAUUUUUAUUGGAGUUGUUUGAUUGA